AGACUGCUGGGAUACCGCCUCUUCCUUCCCGGUCUCCCAGUUUCCCGGCGUGCUUCAGGCCCGCCAAAUGGGAGGGGGAGACGCAAGAUGGCGGCAGCCGCGAACUCCGGCUCCAGCCUACCGCUGUUCGACUGCCCGACCUGGGCAGGUAAACCCCCACCUGGUUUACAUCUGGAUGUAGUCAAAGGAGACAAACUAAUUGAGAAACUGAUUAUUGAUGAGAAGAAGUAUUACUUAUUUGGGAGAAACCCUGAUUUGUGUGACUUUACCAUUGACCACCAGUCUUGCUCUCGUGUCCACGCUGCACUGGUCUACCACAAGCAUCUCAAGAGAGUUUUCCUGAUAGAUCUCAACAGUACACACGGCACUUUCUUAGGUCACAUUCGGUUGGAACCUCAUAAGCCUCAGCAAAUUCCCAUUGAUUCCACGGUGUCAUUUGGAGCAUCCACAAGGGCAUAUACUCUGCGUGAGAAGCCUCAGACAUUGCCUUCGGCUGUGAAAGGAGAUGAGAAGAUGAGUGGAGAAGAUGAUGAACUCAAGGGCUUACUGGGGCUUCCAGAGGAGGAAACCGAGCUUGAUAACCUGACAGAGUUCAACACUGCCCACAAUAAGCGGAUUUCAACACUCACCAUUGAAGAGGGAAAUCUGGACAUUCAGAGACCAAAGAGGAAGAGGAAGAACUCAAGGGUGACUUUCAGUGAAGAUGAUGAGAUCAUCAACCCAGAGGACGUGGAUCCCUCAGUAGGUCGCUUCCGGAACAUGGUACAAACUGCAGUGGUCCCGGUCAAGAAGAAGCGAGUGGAGGGCCCUGGCUCCCUGGGCCUGGAAGAGUCAGGAAGCAGGCGCAUACAGAACUUUGCCUUCAGCGGAGGACUCUACGGGGGCCUGCCCCCCACGCACAGUGAAGCAGGCUCCCAGCCUCACGGCAUCCAUGGGACAGCGCUCAUCGGUGGCUUGCCCAUGCCAUACCCAAACCUCGCCCCUGAUGUGGACUUGACUCCCGUUGUGCCAUCAGCAGUGAACAUGAACCCCACACCAAAUCCUGCAGUCUAUAACCCUGAAGCUAUAAAUGAACCCAAAAAGAAGAAAUAUGCAAAAGAGGCUUGGCCGGGCAAGAAGCCCACACCUUCCUUACUGAUUUGAUAUUUUUGGUCAUGGAAACGGGUGGGACUGGGUGGGAAUGGGGUGGAAGGGUGACAGGGGAGCUAAUGAACUAGGGAGAAAACUUUCCAUGUGUGCAGUAUCGUCUUUCAAGAUGUCUCCUGGGGUCCUAACCAUGUAAUACUGAGACGGGAUGGGACUGAAAUACCCCAUAAAGACCUGUCUUCAGAACACUUUCAGUGCAGAGAAAGGUUUCAUAGGUCUUUUUAAGUAGACUGCCCUGGCUCUUUCCCAGGCCUUGCAUUGCCUUCUCACCCCCCCCCACCCUACCCCCCCGCCGCCCCAUCUAGCAUGGUCUUCAUGUGAAGUCACACACACCUCAGAUUGGAUCCAGAGUUGUGGGGGUAACAGUGGUCUCUGCAGCCUCAGGGAUCCAACAGUCUCGUUUAUAUUCACUACCCUUGCAAUUCUAGGUAGCAAAAGGGUUACCAUGGAUCCCAGGUUGAUCUUCAGUUAAGCUAAGGUUUAAACUCAAAAGUGUUUUCUUGGGUCAGUGGUUUUGAGGUCCAAUAGUUAGGCUUUUCUCUUCAUCCUUUCUGUUGGAGUAAGAAACAUUUUGGUUUCCCUUCAUCUGUGACCAGUGCCAUGGGCACAGGUUUAUAGUUUUUAACUUACAGUGUUGUUUGAAUGUUACCUGUUUUUCUUGUCCAUCCUGAGCACUCCACUUGCCUAAGUUUCUUCUUUAAUUCCUGGGUACUGUCCUCUACUCUGUUAAGAUGUUACUUUCCUUUUCAAGUGUGUUAUGAGGCAGUUUUUAAAGAAUAUGACCAGUUAGGACAAUUCAGAUUGAAAGGAUUUUACAUUUCAUGGUCUCUGGUGUCUCUUAGGAGGACAUUUUACCUGUUGGUUUGGAGGCUUUUCUUCCCCCCCAUUCUGCCCCCUGCCCCUCCCUUGGAUGAGAGCUCUGGUUAUUCAGAACUCCAAGACUAGACCUGGCUAGCACAGGAGACAAAGGUAGGAAACAUUGAUAUGAACUUUGUACAGAGAUUUGUACAUUUGUGUAAUAGGCCUUUUCACGCUUUAUGUGUAGCUUUUUACCUGUAACCUUUAUUACAUUGUAAAUUAAACGUAACUUUUGUCAUU